AUGAGCAAUAUGAGCUCGAAGCCCUGUUUGAAGCUCGGCAUUGGGACGUACCUGCCGUAUAUGAUUGUCUCCGGCCCGGACGAUAACCCUAUUGUGGGAGGCAGCCAGCCGGUGGUUCUGGAUAUUAUUUUCAACCACCUUGGAUACUGCUACGAGUAUGUCGUGGAGCCAUCUCGUGCGGGAGGAAUCAAACUACCCAAUGGUACCUGGACCGGGGUGAUUGGCCUGCUCUUAAGGGGGGGAAUCGACAUGACCGGCAUCGGGAUGGCCCUCACGCACGACCGAUAUCAGGACCUUGAUGGAACUGAUUUCUUGUACAUCGACGGGUGGUCAGCGGGCUUCAAGACGCCUGUCCUGCAGUCGGAUAUCAGCGGCUUCAUCAAACCAUUCUCGGGUUAUGUAAGAUCAAUAGUGGGCGUGUUGGUAACCACUUGGUUCGUCCACAUGGCACGCGAAACGAUUGUGUCACCGAGAAACCCGAGAGCCGGAGAGUCGGCUUCCCCUUCGGACAACGAGCGCCACGGGACACCGAGCGUCACGGACGAAUCCGCGCUGUGGACCAUCGCUGUGUUUUUGGCUCAGUCCGUCACCAAGAUGCCUCGUGGGAACUCAGUGCGGGUCAUGACGGGGGUCUGGCUCCUGGUCUCGCUCAUCCUCAACACCGUCUACCGCUCCAACCUCAAGGCCAUGCUCAUCCUGCCGAAGAUCGUCCUCCCCUUCGACAGCACCGAGGAACUGGCGGAGUCGAGGAUCCCCACCUGGGUACCGAGAGGCUCUGCGAUGCACACUGCUGGCUUGAAAUCCCCACCGGAGUCAGCCUUGGCCAAAAUUCUCGAAAACUCCAAUAGCCUGGACGUGCCCACAGACGUACCUUGGGGUAUCAGUGACACGAUCGCAGGAAAGCAUGCCAUGACCUCUCCUCGAGCGUCUAUUACGUACAUAAUGCAUACAACGUUUUCGAAGACCGGCCAGUGUCUGCUGUACACCAUGUCAGAAGACCUCGUUGGCAUGGUUCAGAUCUCCAUUUUACUCCGGAAGGGUUCGCCACUCAAGCCAAAGUUGAAUUCUGUAAUUCGGCGCCUCCGCGAGUUCGGGAUCCUGGACCACGAGUACAAGAAGCAAGUCGCCAACGCCACCGAGUGCCUCAAGCCCAUCGGUUCCCGGGGCACCAGGAAGCUCCGGUCCCUCGACCUCGGCGACUUCUACGGCGUCUUCAUGCUGUACGCUGGAGGGGCUCUGAUGGCAUUGGUCUCCUUCCUGAUGGAACUCGUGUUACGCAAUGCUAAACUCUCCGUGGAACCCGACAGCGACAUCAAGCAUGAGACUGCUGAAGACUCUACACCGUCAAGGAUGAAAUUACCGCACAAUCGUAGUCUUGAUCUAAGUACGAAGGAGUGA